AUGGUUCCCAACGAGGUACGUGAGUAUCGGGUUGUGCUCGGCCUUUGCUGCACUGACGCCGACAUCGAGUCGGACAACUUUGUGCUCAAGGGACCGCGAGCAAGCGGACCUGACCUCAACGGGUGCAUUGAAAAGGUGGAUCACUCCAAGUCGUGCCCAUUCGGCAUGACCGAAGGUGCCAUCAACUAUCCGGCUCAUCCCGACGGCAAAACGGGAGAGUACGGCUCGCCGCCGCACUCGUACGGCAACCGUGUCGAGUACUGCUGCGGUACGAUCAAGUCUGCGGCCUCGGUCGACCAGGAGAUGUGCGUCAUCGCCGAGAGCAUGCUUGGCACAAACGUUAAUUGUCCUCCGGCCUUUCCCAACGGCAACCUCUACACCAUCAUUCCCCACUCACGCGGGACGAGCCUCCACGAUUACUCGGGCGCGGGCUACACCCCCAACGCCUGGUACACCGCCUACCUCAGCAACGAGGACGACGGUAACCGUCCAUGGUAUCGUCCUGAAGCCCGCGGAGUGACUUCGCUCUCUCGAUGCUGCACUGGCAGCGGGCCGUGGUCUGGCUGUGUUGCUUCUCCGUCGCACCCAACCAUCUGUGGCACCGACAACCCCAACGGGAACCACGAGGGGUGCCUGUCUCCGACCGCCAGCUCGCCGCUCUGGGACAUGACCUGCCACUCGUGCCCACACGGCGGAUUUCCUUCGGCCUCGGUCGAGGAUCGCCUCCGUACCCCGAUCUCCGAGCCCAAGGUGUGCCAGUAUGAUCUCUGUGGAAACGGCGUCAUCGACGGCGAUGAGCAGUGCGACGUCUCGCGCUUCUACAGUAACGCCGACUACAAUCUGGACUUGGCGGCCGUGGCCUCUGGCAGCCUGCCGGACCCGCGACCGAUGUGCAGUGACCAAUGCAAGUGGAUCGUGCCACAGAUGCAGGUCGACUACGACCAGACGACGUUGUCCAACAGCGUCGUCAGGAUCACGCCCCGGCUCAACGCGCAAUACGCGAGUACCAUGGGCUUCAACACGGUCAUGAACGUCAACUCGGAUGCCGGCAACCAGGCAACCCUUGCUUCGCUCAUGUUCAACUACGAUCGCGUCGACUACAUCAUCGCCUUCUUCCCCUCGGGCACCGUCAAGGAGCUCAAUGAUCAGGUCCACGGCAUGGAGACGUACGUCGAGUCGCCUGCAAACGACAACCAGGUCCAGAUCCAGGCCCGCGGUCGUCUGGCCUCGUCAGAUCCAAACACCCCCGGGAGAGACCUCGGCUACUCCGAGUGGUCCCUCCCCACCUCGCGGAGCGUCCGUCCGUGCGGCUGCAACGACGUCGGCGAUGGUCGGCCGUCUAACAUGAUCGCCACCCAGUCGGUCGACUCGGGCACCAUGUCGCUCUCCUGGAUCCACAACUCCACGUGCGGCUCUGUCAUUGCUGUCGGAAAGGAGGAGCUCCGCGAUCCUGUUUCCGGCGAUUGGGGCCCCAACGUCGUCAUCGAGACCCGCACGCUUGGCGCCCUUUGUGGCCAAACCGUCGAUGUCGUCAAGUACCGCCCGACCGAGUCGGACGUCGGCAAGACCAUCCGCUUCUCGGCACACGUCGCCAACAACUUUAACGGCAACAUCUUCCAGUCGUCUGCCGACUCGUAUACCGCCCCGAUCGUCGUCGCCUGGCAGCGGAGCUUCGAGGGCCGCGUCAUCGCCCCCAACGGCGGCGGUGUCGGUGGCGCCGCCGUCACCGUCCAGCUCAUCGACCCGGACACCAUGGCAGUUCUCGCCGUCGCAAACAGCACUUCGACAUCGUCGACAGCCGCUGGUGGCACAUCGUCCACCGGCAGCUUUGUGGCUAACAUCUACGCAGAGAACACGCCCAACAAGGGCCACAUUAUCCGCUACUUUGGCACGUCGGCCUCAGGCGCGCCGCUCGAGUGCGGCACAGCCGGCCAGACCGUGUGCGAUGUGGCCAAUGUCAAGGUUACCGGAGGCAUCGUUUCCCUGAGCCUCACCGAUAUGGUCGUCCCUACUAUCCGCGUCUUUAUCAACCACGUCAACUCAACUUGCGAGUUCCAGCGCUCACGGGCCGAUGGUGCUCCCGACCUCACCAUCGCUGCUUUCACGUCGACAGACGCCAGCAUGGCGCCCAUCGAGACAACCGCCACGGUUGACCUGUUCCGCAACGCCGGCGAGCCGCAUGGCGUUGUGGCCGAUGGCCUCCAGAUGGCUGCAAGCGUUGCCCUCGACAUCACCUAUGACGUCGGGCCCCCGAUUUCCACCGACCUCCCGUCCUCGCCGCUGGGCUUUGUCAUCACCGCCCCUGUUGUUGACAUUAUUGUCGAGGAUGUGACCGUCCGCGACGUCGAGCUUGCGCUCUACUCUUCUCGCUGUGGCUACGAUCUCGGUGGCGGUGUCGUGAUUGCCAGUGGCCCAGGCCUCUGCUACCAGGCACGGUUCGAUGUCGGCGUCUCGGCGUCACUUGUCACCAUCCCCGCCCUCGCCGAGGUCACCUUUGACUACGAGCUUGCCAUCUCGACCGCCGUCGAUGCCGGUGAGCCGGUAACGCCUGAUGUCCAGCUCCUGGCCACCCAGGCUGGGACCUUUUUCGACACCAUCUACACGACUGGGCGGCGAGUCGACCUUGCGCUCCCCACCGAUGUGCCGGCUGUUGUCCACUACCAGUUCCGGACCGACAUCGACGUCGGAAUCGACCAGAUCCGCGACUACACAUCGAUGGAGAAUUCGGUGGAGAUUUGCAACACCGCAUACGGCACGCCCUGCCUUGACUCGUACGAUCCAAGCGUAUGCUCGAUGGCAACGAUGUGCUCGCGCGAAGAAAUUCGCACCCUUGCUGAUGGCUCGGUCGUCGACACGGGCGGCCAGCCGAUGACCGACAGCAGUCUCAUCGCUCGCUACGGCAGCGUCUUCUGCGUCUUCCUCGAGCUCUCCGAGACGUACACUGUCUUUGACUCUAUCGGCAGCAGCCAUGUUGAGACCUGCUACGACGUCGAGGGCGAGGUCUCGGUCCGCGAUCACGUCUCGGGAUCGGCCGAGCGAGUCCUGGAGUACUCGGGCUAUGUGGGUGGCAAGACAAACGAUACGGACACGUCGGGCGUCCGCAUUCCGCUGUUUGUCGACGAGCCGGCCAUGGCCGCGCCGUUUGUUCGCGAGCUCGGCGUGCAGAUCGCGCCCACGUACUAUGCCGGCUCGGCGGCUGUCGACGACGAGGCUUGGCGCGGACCCGCCUCGCAGGCCGAUCUCGCCAUCACGGCACCGGUCACCCAUGUGCUGGACGUUGUCGUCACGGGUCCCAUUCUUCAAGAGAACGGCAACAUUGUCGAGUUCUCCGUCAGUGAGCCGCUGCUCAUCCUGCACGAUCCUCCCGGAGACAGCUCGUACGUCGAGCUCGAGUCCGGAGCAGCGAUUGUGGCGACGAGCGAGAGGGAGCGGAUGUGGACCGAGGGUGACGAGAUCGACUCGCUCUUUACACCCAUUUUGUAUUCCAAUGAGGUCUCGGUGGGCAGCUCGCUUGGACCUCUUGACUUUUCGGUGGUUGCGGUCAGCUUUGAAACCUACAAGGCCGAGAUCAAUCACCUAGCGCAUGAGCUCCAAAGCGGCGACCGCCUGGGCUCUCAUGAGAGCGAGGCAGUCACGCGCACCACAAUCGCAACGUCAUCGCUACCGGAAGCCGCCUUUGAGGAGGGUCUCUCGGACGUCAUCGUGCUCAAGACAAAGGUCUUCCGCGUGGUCGACACAAACAUGGUCACCUUUGAUCCCACAACCUGUCGUGCCAGCCGCAACACUUCCAGCUCGGUGUACAAGAAGGUCUCGGACGAUGCCAUCGCCGUUCACACCUGCGCCGACAUCCGCAAGAACAUCGCUCAGCUCCGCCACGAUGCCGCUGCUGCCGUCCUCCAGUCAGACAGCGCGGUGACGACGGCAGUGCUGGACAUGGAGAUUGCGCGCUGGGAGAACAUCCUCAGCAUCCACAACCGGUCCCUGCAUGAGGAGCCGAUGGAGGGCACUACGGCGCAGGACCGGAUCAAGUCGAUUGUCUCGCGCGACUCGCAGCUCUCGCACUUUGGCCUCGACACGCUCGGCUUCAACGCCGAUGACUCGACCAUCUCGCUGUCGGGCGGACAGGAGCUGGUCCUCGAGUGGGAAAUCGCAAAGUCUGAGGUGACGUUCUCGCAAGAAGUGUCCCACGCCACCACCCUUCCCAUGACCUCUCGGCCCCGGCUCAGGUCCGCGGACUACGACAUGGAUGUGGACGACCUCACGCGGCGUGACAUCAUCGCCCAGUUCCUGGGUGAUAUGAGUAUUCAGGCCAACAAGGCCUCUCAGACACGCCUUACCAUCGCUAGCUUCGGCUACGAGAGCUCUUACGAGCGCAGUAUCUACGAUGUGUCCGAGAAGCGCUCCAACGACGAGGUGAGCGAAGGCAGUACGGCGCGCGUCCGCAUUGUCCUCUCCGACAGCAACCUCGGCGAUCACUUUGUCAUGCGUAUGGGCACCGAUCCGCUCUUUGGCACUCCGGUCUUCAAGCUCCUCGACGGCAAGUCCCGCUGUCCGCACGUCCGGGGCACCAUCCGGCGUGAAAGCGUGUCGCUGGUGCCGGCGACCGCGAACCAGGUGGCGGACGUGACCGGCGUGGCACCCGAUGGAUCGGCGUUCUGGCGGUACUCGCUGAUCAACACCAACCCGGAUGAGGGAGCCGACGUCUCGGUCUAUGUCUCGCUCCUCGACAAUGCUGGUGGCAUGCGGGUCUUCCUCAACGGGCAGGCCAUCGGGACCGGGACCGGGCCGUUUGGCUCGUUUGAUGUCUCCAUCCCGCCGCUCGCCUCCGGCGAGCCUGCGCCGCAGCUCCUCCUCGAGGCUCGCCGCGAUGGAACCGACGCCUUUGUCUCGGGCCCCAUCACCAUCACCGCAGUGCCAACGUGUGAGUUUGGCAUCGAUUCAACGUCGCCGGACAUUGACGAGGGUGUGUCCGAGCAGGUUGUCUCGGUCGAGUUUGUCUCGCCAUGCGCGCAGGUUGUGUGGGCUGAUGCGCUCGGCACGGGCGCGCCGUUUGCUGUCCUCCACGACGAGCAUGAGCCGCACGACGAGACCAAGUACCUCAUCACAGGCUUUGUCCGCAACCCGCUGUACUCAUCGGUCAGCCGGUGGCGUGACCAUCCACGGCUGACUCUUGUCCGCGUCCAGUACGCAGCGCUCGGGACCGAGGACUUUACCGAUGCCUCGGGCACUGUCCUCCUCGACACCGGUGCAAACACGGCCGGCUUCGUCCAUCUGUACAAGCGCAGCGAGGAUGAUGUCGAUGGAUCCGAGGCCAUCUCGGCCGAGGGCAUGUUUGGCCUUGGUGCCUUCACCUGGGAUGUCUCGGCCCUGCCAGAUGGCGAGUAUGAGCUCGUUGCCGAGGCCAUGUGCUCCACGCCCGGCUCGCAGGAUCCGAUCGUGAUCUCGACGAUGACGCCGCGAGUUCGCGGCAUUAUUGAUCGCUCCAUCCCCGACGCUGCCGCGCCGCCGCGUCCGUUCUCGGGCGAGUACAUGCCUGGCGAGUCCGACGUCGAGUUUGCCUUUACCGAACCGGUCGACUGCAAGCGAGCAAAGGCGACGGUGACCGUCGCCGGCCAGCUGGCGUCGCCGGUCUCGAUCGAAUGCAUUGGCACGCGAGUCCGGGUCUACGUCGACGCUGCGCUGGUGGACAACGCCGGGGCGCUGGCUCCAACCCAGUCCUUUGUCGUCGCCCUUACCUCGAUCUAUGACAUUGCCGGCAACCCGGCGCCGGCGUCGUACUCGCACACGCUGCGGACGGCACCGCUGGAUCCGUCGCGCGCGCGCAUCACCGUCGCCGGCCUGGUGGGCAAGGGCCCUGUCACCGACUACGGCUCGCUUGCUAACUACACCGCCGUCAUGGGCGAUGUGCUGGCCAACGCCACCCGUGCCCAGUCGGGCCUGGUCUUUGGCGACGACCGCAUCACCGUUGUCCGCCCGACCGUCCUCUCGUCGGGCGACGUCAUGUUUGACGCCUUUGUCUCGGACGCCUCGCCUGCGGACCCCACCCUGCCGGGAGCUAUCGCGCGCGAUCUCAUGGCUGCGAUUGCCACCGUCGACGACGUCAGCGCUGGGCUCGCCUUUGACGAGCCGAGCGCCUCGCCGCGGUCGGCCCUGGUCCGAUCGAUCUCCACCGGCGCUCGUGCCGCUGGCUCGCUCCGCCUCAACAUUGAGCCCGCCCUCGCCGACGUGCUCGAGCACACCCAAAGCGAGUGGCACGCCGUCCAUGGGCAGCAGUCGUGGGAAGGUGAGCGCAAGCAGGUGAUGGUGACCCAGACCAUCGCCGCCACGCCGUCGCCGGCCGCCGCCGCGCCCAUCACCCCCAGCAGCAGCUUUGCCCUCACUGCCGCCAUCGCCGUCGCCGCCAUCGCCACCGUUCUCCUCGUCGGUGUCGUCGGUAUGCAGUUCAAGAUCCUGUCCGCCGUCAAGGUUGCCGCCAACAAGCCGGCGUGGUCCGAGACCAGUGGCUUCACCGGCGACUCGAUGACGACCAUCGAGUCUGGAUCCUCGUCCGAGUAG